AAGAGGUUGGAAGGGAUGACGCCGGGACUGCAGCCCAAGGAGGCGGGUUCGCGACAGCUGUUCCUAAGCCAGAGCGAGAAGACCUUACUGCGCACGCGCAGUAGACAGCCGAAGGAGCCACCGAUGGAGCCGUCCGGAGGGGAGCAAGAGCUGGGAGCCGUCAGGCUCCUGGACCUGCCUUGGGAAGACGUGCUGCUCCCACACGUCCUGAGCCGGGUUCCGCUGUGCCAGCUGCUCCGGCUGCAGCGCGUCAGCCGCGCCUUUCGGGCCCUAGUGCAGCUGCACCUGGCGGGGCUGGGGCCCUCCAGGGGUGCCCUGGAAGAGAGCCACCUGCGGGAAGUACUCUCAAAGGACGAGUACCGGUGUGACUGGGUAGACGGGCUGGCGCUGCGCGGUCUCGCCGACCGCUGUCCGGCCCUUGAGGAGCUGGACCUCACCGCCUGCCGUCAGCUCAAGGAUGAGGCCAUCGUGUACCUGGCGCAGAGGCGCGGCGCAGGGCUCCGAAGCCUCUCUCUGGCGGUCAACGCCAAUGUGGGGGACGCUGCCGUCCAGGAGUUGGCUCGAAACUGCCCAGAACUCGAACACCUCGACCUGACCGGCUGCCUCCGCGUUGGAAGCGACGGUGUCAGGACUUUGGCGGAAUACUGCCCUGCGCUGCGCUCGCUCCGAGUGCGGCACUGCCACCAUGUGGCUGAGCCCAGCCUGAGCCGCCUGCGGAAGCGCGGCGUGGACAUCGACGUGGAACCGCCGCUGCAUCAGGCCCUGGUGCUGCUGCAGGACAUGGCAGGCUUUGCGCCCUUUGUCAACCUGCAGGUCUGACCCACCCACUGAUGAGGCACAGCUGGACUGUGUGUCCGGGCCUGACUAUGAACUGUAGGAAACUGGACUGUGUGGGCCUCUGGUAAGAGGCCAAUGCCCUACCCCACCCUGGAGCUUCAAAUAAAGAGCUUUUUACCCCGUC